AUGCUCGCGUCUCCCCCGGGAGGAGGGGAGGAAGGAGGAGGAGGAGUCGGGAUCAACGUUCUUAGGAAGGGGGGCGGUGUAGUUGGUGGAGACGAAGAGGUGACGGCGGAGGGGUUUGCGCGAGGCGUGCAGGAUAGCUGGAGGGUGGGGAAACGGGGCUGCGAUAACGGUUUCGUGCUGGUGGCUUCUCGAGAGGACAGGAGCUUCGCCAUAUCAGUGGGCAAGGGUCUGGAGCGGUACCUCCCUCCGAGAGACCGCAACGCGGCUCUGAACGCGAUGAAGCCGCUGUUGCGCGAGGGCGACUGGGACGGCGCCGUUGUGCUUGCGCUGGAAGAGAUUCACGGCCGCCUGGUCGGGAACCUUGCAAAGGCAGCCGGCGGCGGCGGCGACGGCGGCGCAGGGGCUUUGUCCUCUCUUGGAUGGGGCUGGGAAGACCUGAAGCGAUGGGCGUCGGACGGGUGGGGGGGUAGCGGGGGCGGCAGUGGUAGCGGCGAUGGUGGUGGCGGCGGCGGUGGCUUCCGUGGCUUCCAUCUCGGUGGCUUCGAGAAUUUUUUUCGUGAGAGCUGGAACGUGGACGUCCCCCCUGGCUCUGUGCUGCUGGCGUUGUCGCUGCUGUGGGGAGGGGCUACCGCGCGAGCCUCUCUGCAACGGAGGCGGUACGACAGAUUCGAGGCUAAGCUGGCUGGGAUCGAGGCUCAAAGAGCGAUGCUGCCGCUUUCAGCCGCCGGCGGAGGUUGGUUGGUCGGGCAAGACGCGUUGGCGUCGCGGGGAGUGUGCCCGAUCUGCCUAGACGCCUUCUCGGAAGCGGCGGAUGGUAGCGGAGCCGACACCAAGGGGCUGGUGGGCGCGGACGGGAUGCCGGCGGCGACACUGCCUGACUGCGGGCACACAUUCUGCCAAAGGCCUUCAGGGGCGAGCGCAAAUCCCGGUGUGUCGAGGACGGGGAGGUUGGGCGAGACCGGCGGUGAGCAGGCAAGGGAACGGGCGCGGCGGGAGGCCGCGUUUCAGCUAGCCUCGCUGGGGUCGCAGUACCCCAAGUUCUUGGACGAUCGGACGGUCAACAGGUGGCUCUCCAAGGACUACUCCUCCAGCUGGAGCAGAGACCCGAUGCUUGCGCUGAACCGCCCCCAGGAUACCGGCUCUGACAACGGCCGUGUCGGGGGCGGCGGCGCUAGGAAAGGAAGCGGGUGGGUCACCAACGGCUCUAGGGGGCUCGGUGGUGAGGAGAGGCGGUCAUACGGAGGCGGCUCUUCGUCCUCCGCUACAGGAGGAGGGUGGUAGAAAACUGUGGGAUAAUAGAGGUAACGCACUCGGCAGUAGUAGUUGGGUGGACAAUUUUUAUGGCGAUGGCGCCUGCGGCUCAACUGUACUCUUCCGUCUCGAUGACAAUAAAGUUGUGAUAAGAGGUGACGCAUACAUCAGUAGAUGGGUGGACAAAUGUAGUGGCCACGGUACCGGCGGCGGCUCAUUUGAACUCUUGCGUCUCGACGACAUACCGCCGUGUGUCUGCGGCUGUUGUUGUUGCCAAUGAGAAGCGUUGGUUAGGCCAUGCGGCGGGAUUCUUGGUGAGUUGUUACACCGGCCGCGAGGUCAACUGUCGUCGCCCAAGGUGCAUUUUCAUAUUUUUGUAGAGGCAGCUAUCAAUAGCUUCGUUGCAGCUCUCGUAUCAGCAGUGGUGGCAUUUAUGUUGUUGUCGCACGCCGACGUCUGUACCAGAAACCCGUCAAUAGAGGGUGGCAAGCAGCGCUUCGCGAAUCCUGCGCGCCGGCUUCGUUUAAGGAAGGGCCUAGCGGUUGUGGCAGGCGGUGGUCUAGCUUUCCGGUCAACUCGGUUUGCCGCGUGUACAUAUUUCGAAAUAUAUUCCAGUUCCGUGGGAUGGGUUGAUGGAGGGUCGCUGAAGCAGUGGCGCGAACACGACCACACGGUGUUGUACAUACAUUAAUUUGUCGAUACGGAGUACAUACGUAAGCAGGUACGUUGCGGAUUUUGA